AUGUAGAUUUUGUUGAACAUUAAUGAAAACCAUAUCUUAGAACCUCAAAAUGAGACAUUAGCUAAAUUAGCUAAAGUAAACGGAGUCUUAUUCCCAGGUGGAGAUGGGGAUUAUUUGGAAUAUGGAUCAAUGAGUUUGGAAUUUGUCUAAGACCCUAGACAUACCAAAAUGUUUAAUUGGCUUGGCGAGGAAGCUUUUCUAUUCGAAAAUUACAACAUGACAUAUAAUGCUCAUCACUAGGGAAUGAAUCCAGAGAAAUUCAAAUCUGAUAAAGGGCUUUCUGAGAUUUUCCAUCAUACAGCAAUUAGUUAUAUGCCUGAUGGAAGACCUUUCGUAGCAUCAGUGGAGAGUGACAAAUAUCCUUUCUUUGGAACAUAAUUCCACCCUGAAAAGGCAGCUAGAGUUUAUAGAGAAGAUCUUUACAUUGAUCACUCUUGGCUAUCUAUCAAUUUGAACAAACACUUUGCUGAGUACUUUGUUUACUAAACCAGAUAAAAUCCAAAUAACUAUGGAACCUAUUCUGAAACUCAAAGAGAUAUCAUCUAAAAUUACGACUUAAUAGUCUCUGAUUAAUGGUUCGACACUGUUUAUGUGUUCAAACAAUUCUGA